CUGGGAUAGAUCCCCCUCGGUCUUCAGGGAAUCAAUGCAACGCAUCUGUGAGUCGUUCCGCUCGUUCACACUAGGAGGCACCGCCGCUGCCUGCUUCGCCAUUCACUUUCAGCUCCGAACAACCGGAAGAAGCUGUUUGAAUGUGUCAUACCAUGUAGCUCCAGUCUGAAGUUAAAGAGUCCGAUGCCAGGCGUUUGAAAACCCGCUGUCUGCAAACGGAGGAAUACUACAGAUAUGUAGCUGACAAGCCGAAAGCCAUCUUUCAACCGCCAGUAUCUUCGUCAGCUGAUCAGAAGCGAUAAUCGAUCCAUAUUUAAACCACCGUCCAUUUCCCUAGAGAGUGAUGUCUGGAGCGUCAGGCAAUGACUGCCCACACUUGGAAUGUGUGGGGGAGAUUACCAAGGAAGAACUCAUCCAGAAGUCUCACGGUCAGUGUCAGGACUGUAAAGUUGGGGGACCAAACCUUUGGGCCUGUCUAGAGAACGGCUGUUCAUAUGUUGGCUGUGGAGAGUCACAUGCGGAUCACAGCACUGUCCACUCUCAGGAGACGCGGCACAACCUGACAGUGAAUCUGACCACUUUAAGAGUGUGGUGUUAUGCCUGCACCAAGGAGGUUUUCCUGGAAAGAAAACUGGGUCCACACACACACUUGCCCAGCGCUGCCAAACCCAUCUCUCCAGUACAGACCCCCAGUCAGGAUCCAAAAGCUCCCGGGAGCCCCACCUCCCUGAGAAUUCCUCCAACGGGAACCUGUGAUGACCUGGACAUGGAAACUGAGGAGGAGGAUGAACUGAGGACCAGAGGUCUGACUGGACUGAAGAACAUUGGCAAUACCUGCUACAUGAACGCAGCGCUCCAGGCACUCUCUAACUGUCCUCCACUGACUCAGUUUUUCCUGGACUGUGGUGGUCUGGUGAAGACAGACAAGAAGCCAGCACUAUGCAAGAGCUAUCAGAAACUCAUCACAGACCUGUGGCACAAAAACAGGAACUCCUAUGUUGUUCCCACAAAUCUAUUCCAGGGCAUUAAGGCUGUAAACCCAAUGUUUCGUGGUUAUUCCCAACAGGAACUGUUGUCAGAUCCUACAGAGCCAGAGAAUAUAUGCUGCAUGAAGAUCGAACAGGACUCUCAGGAGUUCCUGCGUUGUCUGAUGGACCAACUCCACGAGGAGCUCAAGGAGCCCAUUCCUGAACCCGAGGACCCAAAUCAGGCUGUGGCCAUGGAUGACAGUCCCGACGAGGAGAACCACAGCCAAUCAGACGACUUCCAGUCCUGCGAGUCGUGCGGCAGCAGCGAUCGUGCUGAAAGCGAAGGCCCCAGAGUCCCAGAAGACAUCAACGAAGCUGAGAUGUUGAUGCCAGAGCACAACCAAAACAACCGGGAUUGGCAGAAAGAGAAAAAUCUCAUCAACAACCUGUACCGUGCCGGUUCCCAUUGCGACCUGGACAAAGAUGUGGACACGACCACCGAGUCGAGGCCAAUUAUCAGCAGCCAAGGAGCCAUUAAAGCUCAGGGCCGAACUUCAGAUUCAAACCCUGAAAUCCAUGUCAGCAGUAGCGUCAGACCACAGAGUCCUAAUGGAAAUGAGGGAAUCACAUCUAGACUGUCCAGCAGUCCCCCCAAAUCUUCAAUGUGGCCAAACCUGAGCUCUACUCACAAGAAAGUACCCUCGUUCACCCCACCUAAGAGCAAGCGGCAGAGGAAAUAUCGCAGCAUCAUCUCUGAAGUUUUCGACGGCACCAUUGUCAGCUCAGUUCAGUGUCUGACCUGUGACCGGGUUUCGGUGACUUUGGAGAACUUCCAGGACAUCUCUUUGCCCAUCCCAGGGAAAGAGGACCUUGCCAAGCUGCACUCUUCCUCCCACCAGACGGCUCUUGUCAAGGCUGGUUCCUGUGGAGAAGCCUAUGCCCCUCAAGGCUGGAUUGCUUUCGUCAUGGAAUAUAUCAAGAGUUGGUUCUGGGGGCCUGUGGUCACGCUGCAGGACUGUCUGGCUGCCUUUUUUGCCAGGGAUGAACUAAAAGGAGACAACAUGUACAGCUGUGAAAAAUGCAAAAAGUUACGGAAUGGGGUCAAAUUCUGCAAAGUUCAGAGUUUGCCAGAGAUUUUGUGCAUUCACCUCAAGCGCUUCAGACAUGAACUUAUGUUCUCCACCAAAAUCGGCACUCAUGUGUCCUUCCCUUUGGAAGGCCUCGAAAUGCAGCCCUUCCUGGCCAAGGACAGCUCCGCCCAGACCACCACCUACGACCUGCUGUCAGUCAUCUGUCACCACGGCACUGCCAGCAGUGGUCACUAUAUUGCCUAUUGUCGGAAUGAACUGAACCAGCAGUGGUACGAGUUCGAUGACCAGAGCGUUACUGAGGUGUCUGAGUCCUGUGUUCAAAAUGCGGAGGCAUAUGUGCUCUUUUACAAGAAGAGUAACGACGAGUCUCAGAAGGAGAGGCGGAAGGUGACCAGUCUGCUCAACAUGAUGGAGCCAAGCCUCCUGCAGUUCUACAUCUCCCGCCAGUGGCUGAACAAGUUCAAAACCUUUGCUGAGCCAGGACCCAUCUCAAACCAUGACUUCCUGUGUGCCCAUGGAGGUAUUCCUCCAAAUAAAGCCACGUCCAUUGAUGAUCUUGUUAUGAUGCUUCCUCAAAGUGUAUGGGAUCAUCUGUAUAGCAGGUACGGAGGCGGCCCCGCUGUCAAUCACUUGUAUGUCUGCCACACCUGCCAGACUGAGAUCGAGAAGCUGGAGAAACGCCGCAAGAAUGAGCUGGACAUGUUUGUUCGGCUCAAUAAGGCAUUUCAGGAGGAGGAGUCUCCUGUGGUGAUAUACUGUAUCAGCAUGCAGUGGUUCCGGGAAUGGGAAGGUUUUGUCAAAGGCAAGGACAUUGAUCCACCAGGGCCAAUUGAUAACUCCAAGAUUGCUGUAAAUAAAAAUGGACACAUCACAUUAAAGCCAGGUGCCGAUUCAGGUCAGAUAUCAGAAGAGACCUGGAACUUCCUCCAUUCCAUCCACGGAGGAGGGCCGGUGGUGACCGUGCGGCCCAGCGUCAACCAUCAGGAGUCAGAGAGUUCUCAAGCAGAGGAAAAGAUCGAAGUGGAGACGCGCUCUGUGUAGUUGUGCUGAGAUGCUGCUGGGCCGCAAGGGGACCGACAAACACUUAUUUUGCACUUCACUUUUGUUUUCAAGGAUUCUAGCAAAGGACCUUACAGCUUCACCUCAUCAUACACACUCUCUAUACCCUUUAUGACUGUUCUUUAUAGCAGACGGAUGGAUUAAACAUCCUCCGGUGUGCUUUAAAUUUGUAUAUAUCGUGCAUAUCCACAUCCUCUUGACACUAGAAACCAAUUAGACUUAAGACACAUUUUCACAGUCCAUUAAUGCAUUUGAUUUCUGUGUGCAGCUGCAUUCAUGACAGAUUUUGCUUCACCCAAACCAAAUAGACCAUAAUUUGUGUACACCGAAAAAUUCCAUUGCAUCUGUACAUAUUUUUGAGGUACUGCCUCACUUAAGAAAAUGAAAGAAUAUGUUGUCUUAGUGGAUGAAAACUUCAUGUUUUGGGUAUGAAGGGAUACUAAAAUGCUACGUAGUCUCAGGAAAGAACAUUUUUUUUUUUUUGUUUUGCACUGUACUGUAGAUUCAAAAGGUGCAUGCUUCAGCUCUGAUGUUCGAUAUGUAUUUGAAUGUAAUAGUACUUAAAGAACACAUGUUCCUGCACUAAAUGUUAUUUAUUCCAGAGGGGUAUGAUUAUUCUGGCAUUCAUGGAUGUUUUCUUUGUUUGAAAAUGAUUUGACAAGCUAAAUCAAAGCAGAAUGCACGCUAAUAGGAAUGAUGUGGCACAUUAUGCUGGCAAGAAAAUCAAUUCCUCGUUUUUAUUUGUGUUGCAUAGCUGUGCCCAGUGGGUUGCAUGGAGAUGCAAACAAUAAGGCGCACAUUUGAACACAUCAAUGGCUGUCUUGUUUAAAAAUGCUAUGUGAAAGGACAAAAAUAAGAUCAAUUAAAUCCUGCUGCCGCACAUGUACAUUCAAGGCAUUAUUUAAUGUAUAGAAGGAUGUGAUGUUUUUCAAUAUUAAUUGUCCGCAGAGAUGAAAGCUGUAUCUGAGUGGCUACUAUUAAACCCAAAACUUAUGCUGUCAA